AUGUCGGCCGCCGCCUCCUCGCCAGCCUCGCCGUCGGCCCUGUCGCCCGCCGGCCUUCCUGGUGCCUCGAUGACCACGGAGCCCGGCCCUUUGUCUGAGCACGGCCACCCUGCAUCAUCGGUUGUCGGCAGUCCAGUCGCCUCGCCGAAUGCCGGGCCGCUUGCUCCUGCGAAGAAUGACUCUGCCCUGGCACAGACCAUCCGGUCGCCGAUUCUCUCGCCGCCGGUCCUUUCGCCGGUCCUUUCGCCGGCACCGCCGACCGACGAUGUCCAUGCCGCCUCCUCCCCUGGCCUGGUAUCGCACCCGCACUCGCCCCCGGGGGCCGGUCCCGCGCUAGAUGCCACGACCGCGGCCAUCUCCAGCCCGCAUCUUGCAUCUGGAUCCGGCGUGCCAUCUCCGGCUCCGGAGCCCACUCCAAGCCAGCUGCACAUCGACCCGCCGGCCGGGGUCGCCGAUACUGCUGGUCGGUCGACCGCCGCCUCCCCGACCCCCGGGUCCCCCAUCUCCGGACAGCCGGCUGGCGGUGCCCCGCCUUCAGCACAGCUGUCGGUCGGCGUGGAUCCGGGCAGCGCGGCGGCCGCCGCCGCGGUGGCGGCCGCAGCCGCCGCCGCCGCCGCCGCUCAGAAGCAGCAUCCGCCGUCUGUCAUGUCGGUCCCCGGGGGCCACACACCGCUUCCCCACCCUACCGGCCUGCCGCCAGGCAUCGGGCCCCACGGUCAUCUGCCUCUGCUGGGUCAGGCCGGCUUCCCCCCGGGCCUCAGUGGUGUGCACUCUGCUCUGCUCGGAGCCGGUCUCGCCGGACAGUCGCUUGUCCCGCCACCCACGCACCCCGGGUCCCUGCCCCCGGGGCAUGGUCAUUUUGACGUGGAUCCCAACCGGUCGGCAGCCGCAGCGGCGGCGGCGGCGGCCGCUGCGGCUGCCGCCGCCGCCGCCGCUGCCGUCGGGACUCCCCAGCAGGCGGCUCCGGCUCCCCCGACCCCGUCUGCUCCUCCCACGCAGACCCCCACGGCGAUGGUGCCCACUCGGUUCAGUCCUCCGCCGCCGCUCGAGAUCGAGCGGGCCCACUGGUCUCCGGCCCGCGAUCACCUUCUGCUCGGCAUUCUCUUCGGAUCCAAGCGCGAGGGGAAGUUCGGUGGCUCGGCUGGCUCCGGCGGCGGCAAUCCCCGAAAGGAGGCCUGGCGCGAGGCUACCGAUCUCUUCAACCGCCGCUCCGGCCUGUCUUUCUCCCGGUCACAGAUCAAGACCCGUGUGGUUUCGCUCAAGGCCCAGUUCAAGAUUCAAUACAAUGGCAGUGGUAGCGACGGUGUCAGCCUCGGCUCGCGUCGCAUCGCCACUCCUGGCACCGAGCAGAACCCCAGCGCCAGUCGGAUCACCACGACCCCGGGCUUCCGGCGCAAGGUCGGCGCCAAUGCCGACCCCCUGGAGGCCACCACUGCUCGGCUGAUCUCGCUGCUCUUUGGCGAGCAUGGGGAUUCCCCCCGGUCUGGAUCCGGCGCAUCCCUGGUCAUCCUCUUCCCCCCGACGGUGAUCAAUGCCGUGGAAAAGUACAUCUUUGAGAAUCACACUGCCUUGGUGAAGUCCAUGAGCGAGGCCGGCCAUGCGGCCCUGGCCAUCUUCGAGGCCACCGGCCUGCCGGAUGCCAUGUCCAAUCCUCGUGGCUUCGCCGAGGCGGUGCAGAUCGCCUCCAAUGCCAUCGGCUUCGUGCCGCACGACUUCGCCCCGGUCAAGACCAUUACCCGCGCGGCGCACAUGGGCAACGAACCGGCCCCCGGGACCGGCGAGACCUAUGGCAGCACCCGCCAGACGGAGUCGGGUCAGGGCGUCGGCCAGCAGGGUCCCCCUCCACCGGGGCAGGUGGCAAGCCUCCCGCCGCCCCCGCCGCCGCCGCCGCCCCCGCCGCCGCAAUAUCCCCCGCCGCCACACCAGCAGGCGCACAUUCGUCCGCGCGAGCCCUCCCUGUCGCCCUCUCGAUCGGUUCUGUCACGCACGGCGCAUGCCGCAUCGAUCGCCGACGCGCGCAUGCUUGACUCGGGCCCGGCUUCGCAGCUGGCACUGGCCGCGGCGGCAGCGGCCGCCGCACAGGCCGGCCAGCCGCCGCCGCCGGGGCAGCUCCAGCAGCCGCCACUGUUUGCCGGGGCCGAGGGCAGCCUACUCGGGGCCUAUGGCACGCACUUCCCCCACCAUGCGGCUGCUGCCGCUGCCGCCUACAUGGAUGCCAGUGCCGCGGCCGCUCUCAAUGCUCAGGAUUUGGGCGGUCCCCUGCACAUGGCCGGUGUGGACCAUGCGGCUGCGGCUGCCUCCUCGGCCGCAGCCUUGCUUGGUGCCCAUCGGUACCCGGCAGUCGGCCGCGACGGGCAGCCUCCCCCGCCGCCGGGCCCCGGAGCCGGGCACCUCCUUCACCACCAGGCCCAGGGCCAGCACCCGCCCCAUCCGCACCACCUGCCGCCUGGGCCACACCACCAGCCGCCGCCGCAUGGGCUUCACCACAGCUACAUGUAUGAUCAGCAUGCGGCUGCGGCUGCUGCCGCGGCUGCCGCGGCCGCUGCGCACCACAUGCACCAGCCUCCCCCGCAUGGCCUGCACCCGGGUUUGCAGCACCACCACCACCACCCACCCGGGCACCAUCCCUCGCACUCGCACCACCAGGGCCCCCCACCGGGACAUGCUUUCCACCAUUCCUCGGCCGCAGCUGCGGCGGCUGCGGCGGCUGCGGCGGCCGCAGCCGGCCACCAUCUCCCGGGGGUGCAUCACCACCAGCCAUCGCCCGGCACGGCUCCCUCCCCCUCGCCACAUCAUCUCCAUGGGGCCCCCCCUCCUCCCGGGCCGCCACGUCCCGGGCUGACCGGCGCAGGUGGGUCACCCAUGCACGGUGCUCCGCCACAUCCCGGUCUGGCUAUGCCCUCGCUCUCGGGGCUUGCGCAUGCCGGGCAUCUCCCUCCGCCUGGCCACCAUCACCCGCCUCUGCCACCGCCGGCCGGCUCGUCCCCAGCCCCGCCGCCGGCUGGCUCGGUGACCACCUCGUCGGCCGACACCCCGGCAGCCCCGCAUCACCUGCUGACCCCGAGCACGGCGCCGGCGCCCACCUCACCAGGCGACCUGCCGGCCUCGUCUCCAUCACUUGGUGGUGGUUUGACCGGGACUGCACCGGCGGCCCCGGCCCCGGCCCCGGCCCCGGCCCCGGCCAGCACCGUGCCCAUCCCUCCGCCUGCCUCUGGUGGGGCAGCGGCGGCCCCCCCGGCGGUGGCGAUCCCCACGCCGGCCAGCCCGGCCUCGAUGCAGACCCCGAGCGUGGCCUCGCCCCCGGCGGUGGCGGCGGCCCCAAGUGCACCGGACCCUCCGGUCGAUGUGCAGGAGGUCACCAACCAGGCUAUGCACGCUCUGCUGGAGCUGAUGGACCUCCACCCGGACCGGGUGACCGAGGAGGACCUCAUCACCUUCGGCGAGCUGCUCACCGAGAAGCGGACUGCCAUGCUCUUCAUUGCCCUCGGCAAGGCGGGCGGCUCGGCCCGGCAGUUGGCCUGGAUUGAGCGGAAGCGCAAUGCCUCGGCCCCCCCGGCCGAUCCCAAGCCCUCCAGCGGCGGCGUGUCCAGCCCCUAA